GUAAAUGACACGAAGAAGACAUGACCGGGUGUAAACAUGGCGUCUUCCUUGGACGAUGAUGAGAUCCUAAAUGAUGAUUAUUACUCCCUGCUGAAUGUCAGAAGAGAGGUACAGCAUGCAGCUUUGAUCGGGGUCGAGUUUUGUACGGAUGUGCUCAGGAGUCAUCGUUCGACCGUUGUUCGAGUGAUCGUUAACGGUUAUUUGAUCAAUCACAUGCAUCGUUAGCUUAGGUGGCUAGCUUAUGACCCUCGACAUUGAUUUCUGAGCCGUGACUUUUUGGGUUGGAUACUUUCGGGACGGGCUACAGGUUGUCAAGUUACGAGUUUGCACUCAGACGUCUUCGAUUAAUCGAGUAAAAUGCAGAGGUUCGAGUAGUCGCGGUCACCUGUUACCACUUUGACACUUAGUUUUAGUUUCAUUUUUACUGAGUGAAGUCUGCAGAGUUGCUAGGUAGCUAAUGCUAAAACCCUACUUAAGUGUUGCAUCAUGAAACUUUUAGAGUACAUGGUUGUUUGGGGAGAAGACUCCGAUCUUCUCCUUUUUAUUCGGUUAAUCGACAGCGUUGAAUAAAGAUAAAAGUUUAAAAGAAUGCAUAAACAUUUAACAGAGGACAUACUGUUCUCAAGAGACACUACAUAUGUUUCAUUUUCAACUUUUUGCAGCCUUGGUUGUAGAAACCAGGUCCUGAUGAUAUUGCACAUCAACUAGACUUGUCACAUCUGGACUACAUUAUCCAGAAGACAGACAGGCUUUUAAAAACACAGUUUAAGAUUUGUAAAGCCUAUAUUUUAAUUGUUUUGUCUCAUUUUUAUAUUUUAAAAAAGAGUGAAAUCACAAUUUUUCCAUUUUCACAAAUAGAAUUAAGCUUUUAUAAACUUAACACUAGAUUUUAAAGACUGUAGCCUCUUUUUAACAAUAUAAGACAGAUGUAAUAAGUUAAGCAUUGUGUCUUUGAAGCAGGACCUUAUUUCCUUGACAAAUCAAAAGCUGCGAAUGAGAGACUAACUCCACUUUCAUACUGUCUUGGAUCAGCUGUAACAAUAUGACCACCAACUUAAGAGGUAGAUGGCAAGAUUUCCUUUUCACAAUGUCACUCGUAAGAUGGUGGGAUAUGCAAACAAAUGAAUAUUUUGUCCUUGGAGUUAAUUUGUUGGAAGCAGGACCUCCAGAGCUCAUUUUCGUGGGGUGUUCCUCCAUGGUCUGCAGUUGUCAGAACCAACCAAAGCGAUUAUGAUCAGGCAAAUCUGCCGUUGUUGUUCGGUUAAAAGAGGAUCAACUAAUUAUAGGGGUAGAGCUGCCGUUAAGCUGUGCCUACAUCUAUUCGAGUUUUGUUGUUGUUGUUGAUUCGCUCUUUGACCUUUACUUCUCUUCAAUGCUGGGACACAGGCGACGCAAGAUGAGCUGAAGGCGGCGUACAGGCGGUUGUGUAUGCUGUAUCACCCGGACAAACACAGGGACCCUGAACUGAAACGCCAAGCGGAGCAACUUUUCAACCUCGUACAUGAAGCUUAUGAAGGUAAAAUUGUGUCGUCACCUCAGUCAGUGCUGGUGUUGAAUUGAGUAAUGUACAUUUUAUAGAACAUAAAUGAUUCUGACGAUGAUUCGUGUUGUUUGUUUUUUGUAGUGCUCAGUGACCCCCAGGCACGAGCUAUCUAUGAUAUCUAUGGAAAGCGAGGACUUGACGUGGAAGGAUGGGAGGUGAGUCCAUCAGUAUUGUACGUCUAAGCAUCUGUCCACACCUAAAGUGACACCGGUUUUAGUUCUGCUCCAGCUGUUGUUUUUAAAAAAAACAUAGAUGCUUCACAGUCCAAAGAACUAUUUUCACAGGAAGAAAAUAGGCGAGCGUGAAAUUCCUUGUGCAACUUUUUCUGCUGUAACUCUGCAUCUGCUGCCUGUGAAGUAGCCAGCUGUCUUUGUGCUUUACAUUCAAACCAUAUCUUCUUCCUUGCAGGUGGUGGAAAGAAAAAGAACUCCUGCGGAGAUCCGAGAGGAGUACGAGCGUCUCCAGAAAGAGCGAGAGGAGAGAAGGCUUCAGCAGAGGACCAAUCCAAAGGUGUGUUUUCUGGGAAGGAAAACAAGCCGUAUAUGAAACAGAGUUUAGAGAAACUGUAAAAUGAAGGUGUCCGACGUGUAUGUUCUUUAAUGAGCAGAGGUUUAAAUCACAAAUCUGUUGUUUUCAGGGAACGAUAAGUGUGGGAAUAGAUGCCACAGACCUCUUUGAUAGAUAUGAAGAGGACUUUGAGGAAGUGGUGGGCGGGGGAGUCCCACAUGUGGAAAUCAACAAGAUGCAUAUAUCACAAUCUAUAGAGGUAAGAAGUUGCACCAAAAUGUCCAUGCAUUUGGUUUAGGUUGAUAUAUAAUAGUUAAAUCGAGAAAAUUCGAAGCUUAUUCUUGAAGAAAGUUUCAUUUGAUGCAUUCGACUGCAGGCUCCUCUUACUACAAGAGACACAGCCAUAUUGUCUGGCUCUCUGUCAACCCACAAUGGAAACGGAGGAGGCACGAUCAACCUGUCCUUGAGAAGAGUCACCUCAGCAAAGGGGUGGGGAGAGGUAUGCUGUGUUCUUUACAUUCAUCAACACGCUUAAGAAGCUGCAUUUUCUCACCCUGCCUUUGCUAAAACAUGCAGUGAAAACCGUCAUCCGUCCUUGGUGUUUCCACAGAUUGAGCUCGGCGCUGGAGACACUCACGGACCUCUCUUUGGAAUGAAGAUAUUCCGAAACCUGACGCCACGAUUGUACGUGUUGAAAUGCAAAAGAAAAUCCACCAGCGCUUUAUUUUCCACAGCGGUUUGAACGAAUCUGUGAUAUUCAUCUCCUUUUUUUUCCCUUCCAGUUUUGUUACAGCUCAGUGUGGGCUCCAGUUUUCAUCCAGAGGCAUACGCCCGGGGUUUACCACAGUGCUGGCCCGUCACUUAGACAAGAACACUAUGGGCUACCUCCAGUGGCGAUGGGGAGUCCAGUCCUCCAUGAACACCAGCAUAGUCAGAGACACCAAGAGCAGCCAUUUCACCUUUGCAAUGCAGGUCAGCAGCCGGGAGUUAUUUUUAAAUCUUGUACUGUUAAAUCAACCGUGCCUUGUCAGAGCUGUGCCAAAACGCUCUUUAUUUUUCCUGCAGCUUGGCAUUCCUCACACUUUUCUAAUGAUGAGCUACCAGUACAAGUUCCAGGAUGACGACCAGACGAAGAUAAAGGGCUCAGUAAAGUACGCUGUCAAAAUGAAAUACGUCGUAUUUGUAGGAUAUAAUCAUAAACGUGUUUUAAAGCUCCUGCUGCUGCUCAGAAGUUGGAUUGAUUUAUUCCCGCUCCCUUUUUACGGGACGUCGUAACUGACAGAUCAAAUUCAAGUAAACUUUGUCUGCAGGUACAGAGGUGUAUCGACUCUCUCUCUCUUUUCUGCCACAGAUCAGGUUUCUUUGGGACUGUGGUGGAGUACGGCGCUGAGAGGAAGAUCAGUCGACACAGCGUCCUGGGAGCCACCGUCAGCGUGGGAGUACCCCAAGGUGUCUCCCUCAAGAUCAAGUGAGUGGAAUUCAUUGCUCCAGCUUUUCUUUUUCUUUCCUUGUUGGAGGUUCAAGAGGGUUUUCCUUACAUGGGCUCCCAGAGGAAUCAAGGUCUGACAUCCUGUAAGAUUGACAAAAAUGUUUAAUACAAGUUCUGUACACUUAGGGGUGUUGGGGGGGCUGCUUUUAGGAUGGAGACACAGUCAUAGACUUACCUGUUUACUGUAUAUUGAAAGAAACUGGGCAGCAUAAGCUCACAGAGGUUACGCCUCAAACAGACAGCUCUUCACUCCCCUCUCUCUCCCACUCAAAACCUGAAAAACGAACUCCCCACACUCUUCAUUAGCAGCCAGUCAAUAAUGAACCCAACUCUCUAUCUCCAGACUGAACAGAGCCAGUCAGACGUAUUUCUUUCCCAUUCACCUGACCGACCAGCUUCUACCCAGCGCUGUUUUCUACGCCACAGUCGGACCACUGGUUUUCUACCUCGCCAUCCAGCAGCUUAUUAUCCGGCCCUACGUGCGGGCGCAGAAGGAGCAGUAAGAAACCUCCACUUUAACUCAGUUGUACCAUGCAAGAAAUGUUAUUGGAAGUAGCACAGCACGUAUUAUUAUGGCUGGAUUUUUAUGAGCUCAUUUUAUAUCUCCAUUUAUCUUCCAACUCAACAGGGACUUGGAGAAGCAGCGAGAGAGCUCAGCCUCUAAUAUAGCCAAGAAGAAACAGGAGGCAGAGGCUGCUGUGAGUGUUUUACUGGCUUACAUGUACCUGUGGUGCCAAUUUUAAGUUGUGGUUCAAUGUAAGAUAGCAGAUGCAGGUAUCAGAGGUGACUGUGGAGAUGUAUUACCAGUCCCACGACAGUCAGGUGAAUAGAAUGAGAUGGGAUUAGACAGGUUGCAAAGUCUUAUUGGAAUACAUUGGAGUAAUCCUCCCAGAGAGAAAUAAGCUUGUUGUUUGUUUCCGUCUAUCUGUCCCUUUCUUAUGUUUGUCUCUUUCCCUCCCUAAAGGUCUUGCUCAUGCAGGAGUCUGUGCGCAGGAUCAUCGAAGCCGAGGAGUCCAGAAUGGGUAAGAUGAGUGUAAAAACGUUUUUGAAAGCAGGUUGUGAGAUUUUAAAUUCGUCCUGUUUCUGUUUUACGACGACGCUGAUGGCCGUUCUCACAAUACGGAACAAAAGUAGUGAACUUGCAGAGCAGAUAAAACUGCUGUCAAAUCCUCUGCUGUCUAUGAAUUACUAUUCCGCACAACAUAAUACCCAAAAUAAAAGCGGGAUUCAUGAUUCGAGUCAUUUUCUGGGCCUGUAUUAGGAGACAUCCUUUGCAGACACUGAUAUUAUCUUGAGUGAUUUUGUGGAGAUAUGGGCAGCUUUUAUUAAAAAUAGGGCUAAAAUUGAAAGGGGAAGUGCAGUUCAGUGGAUUUUUUAAUAACUCUCCAGCCUCUGUUUCGACUAGUGAUAAUUGGCGCUUUUUAGUCUGCUUCUGAUGAGUGCACUAACAAAAGGCUCUCAGCAGACAGUAUAAUUUUCACACGGGGAAGUUUUUCAAGUGAUAAUUGGCUUAUGACACCUGUCACUAUAGAGGCUGCUCUGAUUUUUAGUAUCAUCAGAGGUCCCCUCGACUUUGCACUUGUAAAGUAACAGUUAAUAGCAGCAUAUCCGUGUGCGUAAUGACAGACACACAGCUGCUGUCUUUUAUUCCGAGAGCCACACUCCAUAAAAUGGUCAUGCAAAUGGUUUUGUUUAUGCAGCUUUCAAUUAAAACUAAUUGUGCCGUCUUGUCGCUGUGUACUUGCAAAAAUAUUUUCACAAACAAGUCUCAAAAACUGGUAAUUAUCCUGGCUCUGUUCGGAGAUGUGCGGCCAAAACUGCUGGCAUACAAAAUUCAAAUGACUCUGCGUUGGAAGUUGGGAUUUGUUUUGGACUUUUUAAUAUCAAAUCAUCUGAAAAUCUGUUUCUGUUUUGGCCGCCGUCUUUAAAUUUGGUCUAAAUCCACUCCUGACGGGGACAGUUUGAUGACUUGGCCUGGCUUUUCGAGACACAUUUACGCUGACUUUGCUUCUCUAACCAGGUCUCAUCAUCCUCAACGCCUGGUACGGCAAGUUUGUCACAGACAACAGCCGGAAACACGAGAGGGCAAAGGUCAUCGACGUGACUGUGCCACUGCAGUGUCUAGUGAAAGACUCUAAACUCAUCCUCACUGAGGCCACAAAGGUGAGUAUUGAUAUCUAAAAUGAUUGAUUCAUCUAAUACAGAGGAUUUAUCUUAAAUCCAUCACAAAGCAGGAGUUAAAUGGGUCUUUCAGGGUGGAUACAAGUUAAUAAUGAACGUAAAGAAAGUUCUGCAAAUAUCUGACGUGGCAGCUUGUUUUAUGAAGUUUGAGAUGGUGAGAAAAACAACAGAUCUCAGCACAAACCUCAGAUCAGGCCUCAUCAUCCUGCUCGGUAACUCCCUCAGCUUAGCGCACGAUGACUCAUCUGCGUGACCUUCUGCUGUCUUUCCAGUCAGGACUCCCCGGUUUCUACGACCCCUGCGUGGGGGAGGAGAAGAGCUUAAAGGUGCUGUAUCAGUUCCGCGGAGUCAUGCAUCAAGUCCUGUCAGGAGACACAGAACCACUCAGGAUACCAAAGCAAUGUAAGUCUCUUGUAGCGUACAGCACAGCCACCUUCGAAUUUAGGGGGAAUUUGGGAAUUUCAAGACGUUGGCUUAACGUUUAGCCUCUUAAGCCCAGGUUUUGGUGGAUCAUAAACUUUUUUGAACUGCCUAACCUGGCACUCUUUCUGAUCUUACUGACAGCAGGGGGGAUUUACUUAAACCCUAAGCCUUUGUAGAUGUGUUUGAUGCAACAUAUCUUAAGAUACUUAAUCUAUAAGUCAGCGUCUCUGUAUGUUUUCCUUCUGAGUCUUUAUUCUUGUUUUCAUUUGCAGCUCACAGGAUUGACGCCGACACAUAAGGGACUCCUCGCUGACCAAAAAGACUCAUCUCUCAACUGUGUGACGCAAGAGGGAAAAACCUGUUUUAGAUACGACGUGGAUUGAAGUUUGUUGUUACUCAGAAAAAAUGUGCAUUUAACUUUUGUCUUUGUAUUCAUUUAAAAAUGCAGAGCAGGGUAAAAACAUCUCAGACUGCAUUAGUCGUACUUCAGUAUCUAAGGACAGGGCCGUGACCUGCUCGAACUUAUAAUGUGACACCAUUGUCAAUGGUUUCAUCUUAUUCCCCGAGUCGUCUUGCCUCUUCAGUAUCGAUUUAUUUUUGGUAUGGCUCGUAAUUUAUAAUCAAGUUCUAUGUACUGUAUUGUACACAAACUGCAGUGCCUAUGUGAUUGAAGAUAUGAAUGCACCUCUGUUUAUUUUGCCACAUUAUUAAAGUCAGUCUCUCUCAUGUUGCCUAAACAUUUUUAGCUCUCACAAAGUUGUUGUUUCAUUGUGAGAUUAAACCCACUAAGUUUUG